AUGUCCUUCCUGCUUCACAUCCCGCUGAUCCUAUACAUGACCUACACGCAAGGUGGCUGCACGUUUCAGUCCAAUCACUGGGGCGAGUGGAAUGACUCCCAACUCCAGCCAACGAUACAGAAGCUGAUGAAAGGAUACAACCGCUACCUCAGGCCCAAUUUCAAUGCGGGGCCUGUGGAGAUUGGAAUGAGCUUGGAUAUCGCCAGUAUCGAUGCCAUCUCUGAAAUCAAUAUGGAUUACACAGCUACAAUAUUUCUGCGGCAGAGAUGGCGCGAUUCUCGGUUGGUGUUCCCAGGGAAUGAGAGCGUGAGCGUGGACGGCCGGUUGGUUUCGUUGCUGUGGAUUCCAGAUACGUUUAUUCCAGAUUCCAAGCGCUCCUUCCUCCACGACGUGACCGUGGAAAACCGCCUCAUACGCAUCUUCAGCAACGGCACGGUUCUCUACGCGUUACGGAUCACAGCUACCAUAGCCUGCAACAUGGAUCUCACCAAGUACCCCAUGGACCGACAAGAGUGCACGCUGCAACUAGAGAGCUUUUCAUCCCAUGUCUCCAUCUUCAUCCACAUGCCACACUGGGGCUACAACUUGCAGGAUGUGGUGUUUUACUGGACACGCGGGAACGAUUCAGUGCGAGGUCUGGACACACUGCGGCUGGCUCAGUACAGCGUGGAGAGCUAUUACACCACAGUAGCAGAGGCUGUGUAUGAGACAGGACAUUACCCAAAGCUAGUGCUACAUUUUGCCCUGCGCAGAAACGUGUUGUUCUUUAUCUUGGAGACGUAUGUUCCCUCCAUUCUGCUGGUGGUGCUGUCCUGGGUGUCCUUUUGGAUCAGCCAGUCCUCUGUCCCUGCUCGGACAUGCAUCGGAGUGACCACAGUGCUGACCAUGACCACUCUGAUGAUGGGCGCCCGCACCUCUCUGCCCAACGCCAACUGCUUCAUCAAAGCCAUCGACGUUUACCUGGGAAUCUGCUUCACCUUCAUCUUCGGAGCUCUGCUGGAGUACGCCUGCGCUCACUUCUACACCAUGCAGCACCAGACAAUAGAGGAAAUAUACAGGGAGCUUCUGCGGGAGUUGAACGAGUCCAAAGGGCACAGCUCCUUUCCCAUCAUGUGCUCCACUCAGCCUAAGCAGCAGGCGGAGGUGGGCUCCACUGUGCAGGACGAGCCCACGGAGCAGUCGCCCACCCAAGACGUGGUCAUGAACGGAGAGGCCAAGGAGACGACCAAGACCCAGGGCUGCGGGCUGGCCUCCAUAAAGGACGCUUCUCGACGGGCAGCUAAAAUGUUUGUAGUAGAAAAUCCUCACAAUAUUGACCGUCAAGCACGCACUGUUUUCCCCACGGCCUUCUUCUUUGUGAAUGUCCUCUACUGGCUCUACUACCUUUGCCUCUAA